UGCUGUACUUGGAGGGCUUCGUCUUGCCUUGAGCCGCUUGAGUUUAGUCGCGCUGCCGUGAGACGCACUUUAUACCCCGCUUCGGUGCCGUUCCUGUUCUCCCUGCUCCUCGGAGGGGUUGGAAAAGAGGUGGCACUUCAUAUUUCAUUAUGGACCGAUUUGAAGAUGUAUCAGACGGUGAAGUGGAUCAUGCUUUCUUUGACAGUGAUUUUGAGGAUGAGAAAAAGAAAGCUGAAGAAAAUCAUGAAUGUAUAGAGAAAGGAAGUAUAAAGGCAGCUCAUGCAGACCCUGAUAUGGUUUCUAAUUCAAACGAUGCAAAGUGUUGUGAGGAGGAAAAUGAAGAAAAGCAGAAACAUUUGCAGAAUAAUCAGUCUCUAGAAAAUAGCACAGAUUAUCUUGGAGAUGCUUCAUCUUUGACACUUUCUCCGGUUGCGGAAAGUGCAGGUACAUCUGGAGCAACAUCUACAGCAAAUAGGGGAACACAGGAGAAUGUUCCUGCUGGAAUCCCCAAAAUAGUUAAAGAAGGUGAAGAAGACUAUUAUACAGAUGAAGAAGAUAGUAGUGACGAUAGCAAAAAAAAAAAGGCUAGACCGAAGUCAGCUAAACAGUCAAACAACAUUAAAAAGGCUAGCAAAAAAUAUACUAAUAUCAGCUCCUCCUCAUCAUCUUCCUCCUCCUCGUCUUCGUCAUCCUCAUCCUCAAGCACAGAUACAGAUUGUUCUGAUUCAGAUUCCGAUAGCUGUUUAUCAGAUUCAUCUCAUUCUUCCUCAAAGCGGAGUGCUUGUAGGAAUGCUCUCCUAUCUCCAAAACAAAAAUUCAAGUCAGCAAUGAAAUUAGCAGAAGGAAAACAAAAGCUUGGUGACUACUUGGAGGAAUCUGAAGACACAGUGACUGAUGUAACACCUCUGUCAACUCCAGACAUCAGUCCUAUUCAGUCUUUUGAACUUGCAGCAUCAAAUGAUAAAAAACUAAAAGUAAAAAGACAGGAAAAUGUAAACCAAGAAUUAUACGGUAAUUUUGAAGAAUAUUCCGAGUUUGAUCGCAGAUACAGUCGAAAAGUCUUGCAUGAUGCCAUGGACCUGAAUCAGCUUUUGAAAGCCUUCCUACAGCUGGAGAAAAAAGAACAAAAACUAGCCAUCGAUCAACCAUCUAAAGGAACAAGGAAAAACUAUUCAUUCACAAAUGAAGAAGUAAGACAGAUUGAUCGGGAAAAUCAAAGGUUGCUAAAAGAACUGUCCAGACAGUCUGCAAAGCCAAGAAGUACCAAAUUGAAGAAGUCAGCUGUGCCACCUCCUAAAUUGUACCACACUGCCCUCAACAGGCAAAAGGAGCAGCAAAGAAUUGAAAGAGAAAACCUGGCUUUCCUGAAAAGACUGGAAGCAGUGAAACCAACAGCUGGUUUGAGACGUUCUGAACAGUUGAAGGAUUAUCAGCGCCAGAUGAGCUAUCUGAGUUCUUCACCUUCUGUAAGAAGAGGAAAAUCUGCUUUCAGCCAGCUUAGUCCUUCCAGAGGCACUUCAAGAGCAACCACUGUACCAAGUACGAUGAGCCAGAGGAAUGAAAAACCCAUGUCUGACUCAGCCAGUGGGGUGUUACAGAGACCUAAGCCCGCGAAUGUCCGCGCUGCUUGGUUAUAAGUGUGUUCUUUGCCUCGCGUUCUGAGAUUAGCCUCAGACUUCUGCUUUUAGUGCUUCUGUAAAUUCAAUGUGCAAAACUAUUUUCUGCGUUGUUCAGUGAUUAAAAUAUGUUGCAUAUGAUAUAAUUGCUUAUAAAAUGGUUUUAACUGAACGGUUUCACUUCAGUCAGUGUUUUCCAUGACAGAAAGCAUUUAUGAAAGAGGACGAGGAAUUUUAAUGGAGAAGUUAAAUAGAAGUUGCUAAUUUUUAUUUUAUUCUCAAAUCAUAACUGGAAUUUGUAUCCAUAACAUGGAAGGACAGAAUUGCUGCACUAUAGGCACAAGAUGUAAAGAAAAUCUUUAAAAUAAUAUUUUAAAAUAUUGCAUUAAAAUUAAUAUGCUUAAUUCCUAGAUCGUUGUUUUUCAUCCUGGGUUUAGAAAAGUAAUUUUCUUAUGACUUAAACAGUCUUUUUUUACAGCAUGAAGAGGUGAAAAGCAGACUGUGUAUUCUUGCAUGGUUAGCUAGAAUACUGUGGCUGCAGAAGAUGAUGUUCUGCCACUCUUGCACUUCAGGUAUUGAACAUCUGUACAUUGAACGUUGUUUUGUACUCAAGGCUGUGUCACUUCCAGAUUUAAGAGUUUUGGAAGUUGUAUUGGGAUGUUUGUGUAGGAAGGAAGCAUCUGAUGCUAUUUGAACAAGAGUAAGGACUGAAGAGAACAGCAGUUUCAGAUUCACUCUGAACAAGAGGAAGUUUUAGUUGCUUCUCAAGCUAGAAAAUACCAAGCAAGUGACAUAUUUCAUGACCCUGCUUUUGCAGAACCAUGCCCUUCUCUGUGGGGAGAUAAGAACUUGAACUGCAGGAAACUCAAACAUCUGAUUUUGAGAGCAAACAGAAUUUUAAAAACAAACAAUCCAAACCAAAACAACAGUAGAAAACAGAAAAUCUUAUUAUGCUUCUUAACCUGUUUUUUUAAUAUAAUGUGUAUAUCAAAUAUUUGUAGUAGUGUCAGAAAAGCUUCAGUAGCAACAUCCAUUUACAAGGAGAGCAACAUUUAAUUGAAUUGGUAAUCACAAGUGGUAAGUGGUAUGCUUUAUUUCUAUACAUGAAGGCAAACUUUCAGUGACCUUACUUGGUAAGACUGCACUCUUAAUAAGGGGUAGAAAUUGUGAUGCCACUAUCUGUGGAUAUUGCUGGAACCCUGCUUGCUUCCCCACCUUCUUCCCAGAAGAGAUACAGGAAAUCACUUCGUAUUUUGCAUAAAGAAAGCUGUACUCAGUAAUGGUGGGUCUUAAUCCUGUGAAAAGGACAGUUUAUUAUUCUUUGCUCGUGCUUGCAUGAGGGCUGCCUUUUAGGUAUUCUGCAUUGUAACAAACUUUUUGCUCGGUCCUGUGUGAUAGUUUGGCAGAGCUUCUGCACCUGGUGACCUGCAGAUCAAAUUUAGCUGUUUGACAAUAUUUGAACUUUUAACUUUAAGCAGCAUUGUGGCAAACAGGUUUUUUUAUUCCUGUUAUUAUUCAUUGAUAGGGACAGUAAGGAAUAUUUUGCAUAGUGUUGCUGUAUUUAUUUGUACUAUUGUGCUGAUAAAAAUUAUUCAUUAUUUAAAAAUUUUUGUCUUGAAUGUAAGUAUGAUGGUCACAGUUUAAAUACUUUUGAAUGUUCAUGUGUUUUUUUUCUGUGAAGGAAUUCACCAAAUGGUUUACUUCUAAUUGCUUCAUCUUAUUGUAUUUAACUUUGGUAUGAAAGACUGACCAUUUUGUAUGUCAUUUUUGUAAAUCAUAAGAAAUAAAAUACUUAACAUGAA